UCUCCUGGUAAGGCUUCUGGCUAUCAUUAGUUCUGAAUACUGUGUUGUUUUUUUGGGGGGAAAAAAUGGCUGUGAAUUUUGGUCUGUCUUUGAGAAUUACUUGGAUUUGUUGCCUGCUGAUUGUAGGGAUAACCUGUUAUCCUCCACCUAAAGGUGACUAUAGAUAUCUUCCCCAAAUUGCAACAAAGGGAACCGGCUCCUACGCCCCCGCAGCAACAAAGGGAACUGGCUCCUACGCCCCCGCAGCAACAAAGGGAACCGGCUCCUACGCCCCCGCAGCAACAAAGGGAACCGGCUCCUACGCCCCCGCAGCAACAAAGGGAACCGGCUCCUACGCCCCCGCAGCAACAAAGGGAACCGGCUCCUACGCCCCCGCAGCAACAAAGGGAACCGGCUCCUACGCCCCCGCAGCAACAAAGGGAACCGGCUCCUACGCCCCGCGCAACAAAGGGAACCGGCUCCUACGCCCCGCAGCAACAAAGGGAACCGGCUCCUACGCCCCCGCAGCAACAAAGGGAACCGGCUCCUACGCCCCCGCGGCAACAAAGGGAACCGGCUCCUACGCCCCCGCGGCAACAAAGGGAACCGGCUCCUACGCCCCCGCGGCAACAAAGGGAACCGGCCCCUACGCCCCCGCGGCAACAGAAGCACCCGGCCCCAACGCCCCCUCGGCAACAGAAGCACCCGGCCCCAACGCCCCCUCGGCAACAGAAGCACCCGGCCCCAACGCCCCCUCGGCAACAGAAGCACCCGGCCCCAACGCCCCCUCGGCAACAGAAGCACCCGCCCCAACGCCCCCUCGGCAACAGAAGCACCCGGCCCCAACGCCCCCUCGGCAACAGAAGCACCCGGCCCCAACAUCCCUCGGCAACAGAAGCACCCGGCCCCAACGCCCCUCGGCAACAGAAGCACCCGGCCCCAACGCCCCCUCGGCAACAGAAGCACCCGGCCCCAACGCCCCCUCGGCAACAGAAGCACCCGGCCCCAACGCCCCCUCGGCAACAGAAGCACCCGGCCCCAACGCCCCCUCGGCAACAGAAGCACCCGGCCCCAACGCCCCCUCGGCAACAGAGGCACCCGGCCCCAACGCCCCCUCGGCAACAGAAGCACCCGGCCCCAACGCCCCCUCGGCAACAGAAGCACCCGGCCCCAACGCCCCCUCGGCAACAGAAGCACCCGGCCCCAACGCCCCCUCGGCAACAGAAGCACCCGGCCCCAACGCCCCUCGGCAACAGAAGCACCCGGCCCCAACGCCCCCUCGGCAACAGAAGCACCCGGCCCCAACGCCCCCUCGGCAACAGAAGCACCCGGCCCCAACGCCCCCUCGGCAACAGAAGCACCCGGCCCCUCGGCAACAGAAGCACCCGGCCCCUCGGCAACAGAAGCACCCGGCCCCUCGGCAACAGAAGCACCCGGCCCCUCGGCAACAGAAGCACCCGGCCCCAACGCCCCCUCGGCAACAGAGGCACCCGGCCCCAACGCCCCCUCGGCAACAGAGGCACCCGGCCCCAACGCCCCCUCGGCAACAGAGGCACCCGGCCCCUCAGCAACGACUGACCCAAAUACCUUAAGUGAAGCGACAGGCGCCCUUGCCUCGGCAGAAGCGACAGGCCUU